AUGCCGGGCAUUCUCGGAGUUUCCGACCCCGAAAACCAAAAAAUCGAUCCAGUCACUCAAUGGAGUGCUCGCCUCACUCUCCCGUUUCAUCGCCAAGUCCGCCCAGCACGCAUUGCCAUUCUUCAGACUCCUUCGCAAAGAGGCUACCUUCGACUGGACCGACGAAUGCGAGCAAGCGUUACUCCAUCUAAAGAAGGUUCUGUCCCAACCCCGGUCUUAUCACGGCCAUCAGAACAGGAAACCCUAUACUUAUACCUAUCCGUGGCAACCGAGGCCGUCAGCGCCGUUCUAAUAAGAGAAACCGACGAAGGACAAAAACCCAUCUAUUUUACGAGUAAAGCACUCCAAGGCCCCGAGCUCCGAUAUCAGCAAAUCGAAAAGGUCGCCCUGGCCCUCAUCAACACAGCGAGGAGACUACGAUAUUACUUCCUCGCACACACGAUAAAGGUGAGGACCGACCAGCCAAUCAAACAGCUGCUCGGGCGCCCGGAUAUGGCCGGGAGGAUGCUCAAAUGGUCACUGGAACUCUCCGAAUUCGACAUACAAUACGAGAGUAGGAAAGCCUUGAAAGCUCAGGCACUGGCCGACUUCGUCGCGGAGAUGACCCACUGCCCGACUCCAGCAGAAAGCGCCCACAAAUGGACGAUCUUCGUCGAUGGCGCCUCUAACACAUCAGGCAGCGGGGCCGGGAUCAUCCUCGAAAAUGAAGAAGGGAUCCUGAUAGAGGUAUCAUUAGCGCUAGCGUUCCCAACAUCAAACAACCAAGCCGAAUACGAAGCCUUCCUCGCAGGCCUGAGGUUAGCCGAGGACCUGGGAGCAAAAGAGGUAAAAAUAUCCACCGACUCCCAGCUCGUGGCCUCACAAGUGCGAGGAGAAUACCGAGCCAAGAACGACAACCUCCUCGAGUACUUGUCCCUCGUCAAAGAAAAACUUGAUAGAUUUGAAAAAUGGGAAGUUCAACACAUACCCCGCGAGCACAACACACGGGCAGACGUUCUCUCGAAACUAGCCAGCACGAGGAAAAAGGGUGGGAAUAAAUCAGUAAUCCAAGAAAUUCUCCCUCGGCCCAGCAUCGACAAACUACCGCCUCCACUCGAGGUCAACGCUAUUGGAGAUGCCCGCUGUUGGAUGACACCCAUCUACAAUUACCUCACACGAGACGAACUCCCGGCUGACCCGAAAGAGGCGACCACUGUCAAACGACGCGCAUGCUCGUACGUACUCCUCGAAGGCAAACUCUACCGGAGAGGAUUCUCCAUCCCACUACUCAAAUGCGUCGAGGAAGAGAAAGUCCCCGACAUACUUGGAGAGAUACACCGGGGAAUUAACGCUCAACACCUCGGCGGACGAUCGCUCGCACGAAAAGCCCUUCGAGCAGGCUACUACUGGCCGACCAUGCAAAACGAUUCGAAAGAGCACGCACUUGUCACAGACAACGGGACACAAUUCACGGACGGAGGAUUCCAGGACUUCAUCGCCAGCCUGGGCACCACACAGCAUUUCACGUCUGUCGAGCAUCCGCAGACGAACGGGCAAGCAGAGGCGGCCAAUAGGGUAAUCUUACGUGGCCUCAAACGCAGACUCGGUGAGGCAAAGAGGGCAUGGGUCGAGGAGCUACAUAGCGUGCUAUGGGCCUACCGCACGACUCCACAUUCUACCACCGGGGAAACCCCGUUCCGACUAACUUACGGCACCGAGGCAGUCAUCCCGGUGGAGAUACGGGCGCCAACGAGGAGGACGGAGGAGCCCCUAGACGAGGAAAUGAACGAUGAAACCCUUAGAGCCGAGCUCGACCUAGUCGAGGAGAUACGUUCCGAAGCAGCUCUCAGGGAAACAACCCUCAAACAAAAAAUAGCACUACGCCAUGACGCGAAAGUCAUAAAAAGAGAGUUCCAGGUCGGCACCCUGGUCCUCAGAAGAAACCAGAAAAACCCGAGAGAGGGCAAACUGGCGGCCAACUGGGAAGGCCCUUACCGCGUCCGCGACAAAACGAGCAACGGGGCCUAUUACCUGGAAAACCUACAAGGAGAACAACUCGCUCGACCAUGGAACGCAGAAAAACUUAGACAAUAUUACAGCUAA